CACACACACACACACACAGAUAGUGAUAGAGAAACAGCAGCAUGGCGAGCGAAGAGAGAGCAGCACAGAGUUCCUCACAUCCACCCAGAUCAAAGUCAGCCUCCUGCAUGGGGAUCCUGCGCCUUUUAUUUAUUGCAGUAAUCCAUGUGGCGCAGGCCAACAAGCAAGCUUUCAUCCAGUCAAACAAAAUCCUGGAGGUACUACACUUUGGGGAUGGAGGUCUCCUACAGGCAGAGUCUGACAUUGACCUCAGUGCAUAUCAUCAAAAAAGUGCAUCCUCACAGAGGGGGAACAGCAGACCUAUACGAUUUGAGCCCCCAAUGCUGGACUUUCAUGAACAGCCAGUUGGGAUGCCAAAAAUGGAGAAAGUUUACUUGCACAAUCCCAGUUCAGAAGAAAUUAGUUUAAUAUCAAUAUCGGCAACAACAGCGCAUUUUCACGCUUCAUUUUUUCAGAGUAGGAUAAUUCCACCGGGAGGAAACACCUCGUUUGACGUGGUAUUUCUUGCUCGGGUUGUAGGGAAUGUAGAAAAUACAUUAUUUAUUAACACAUCUCACCAUGGAGUGUUCACAUACCAGGUGUUUGGUGUGGGCAUCCCGAACCCGUACAGACUCAGGCCGUUUGUCGGGGCGAGAGUUCCAGUAAACAGUAGCUUUUCUCCACUUAUAAACAUCUUCAACCCCCACAGCGAACCUCUGCAGGUUGUGGAGAUGUACUCAAGUGGGGGUGAUCUGCACUUAGAGCUGCCCACUGGCCAGCAGGGUGGCACCAAAAAAUUAUGGGAGAUCGCCCCGUUUGAGACGAAGGGUGUGAUGAGGGCCAGCUUCUCGUCGCGGGAUGCUGACAACCACACCGCCUUCAUCAGGAUAAAAACCAACGCCUCCAAUGAGGACGAGUUCAUCAUCCUCCCAGUGGAGGUGGAGGUCACCACAGCGCCUGGUAUUUACUCCUCAACAGAGAUGUUGGACUUUGGUACGCUUCGAUCACAAGAUCGUCCAAAACAGUUAAAUUUGCAUCUUCUUAAUUCUGGAGCUAAAGAUGUAUCAAUCAUGAGCGUUCGUCCAACACCAUCAAAUGAAGCAAUUACAGUGGAGUUUAAACAGAUCACACUAAAAGCAGGAGAAAGUCGAUAUACCAAAGUUGCUAGUAUACAUUUUGAUGCUGCAAAAGCGAGAAGACCAGACCAGUUCUCGGGUAAAAUUACAGUAAAGGCGAAAGAGAAAAGCUACUCAAAACUUGAAAUCCCGUACCAGGCCGAAGUUUUAGAAGGGUAUCUUGGCUUUGACCACACAGCCACCCUGUUCCACAUCAGAGACAGCCCAGUAGAUCCAGUUGACCGGCCCAUCUACCUCACCAACACCUUUAACUUUGCCAUUCGCAUCCACAACGUCUCGCUACCCGAGGACGCCAAGACCAUGUUCAAUGUUCACAACUUCAGCGCUCCAGUACUCAUCCCUCCCCAUGAAUCCCGCUACAUGUUCUCACUGCUCUUCCGGCCGGUGCGGCCCUCCAUCCACAUUGACUCCAACAUCCUGCUCAUCACCAACGCCUCCAAAUUCCACCUGCCCGUCAGAGCAUACACAGGCUUCCUGGAGCCGGUAGUCCUCCCCCCCAGUCCUGAAGAGCACAUGCUGGAUUUUGGAGUCCUCAGUGCCACAGAUACCAGCAGCCUGGUGUUUGUGGUUGUCAACAGCAACCCCAUAGAGCUGGAGAUAAAGUCGUGGCUGGUGACGGGGGACAGUCUGUCCAUGGAACUGCUGAACACGGAGCGGGGGAACAGGAGCGCAGCACUAGGUCAUACCAGAGAGCUCCAGAACACAUCAGCAGCCCUGCACAAAACUGUGAUUUUGGCGUCGGGGUAUUACGCAGCGUUUAGGGUGACCCUGGUGGCGAAGGCUCUGGAGGGCGUGUAUGACGGCGCCGUACACAUCACCACAGAUUACGAGAUAUUGACUAUUCCAGUAAAGGCACUUAUAGCUGUGGGGACAUUAAGCUGUUCACCCAAACACAUCAUCAUGCCCCCAUCCUUUCCGGGUAAAGUGGUUCAUCAGAGCCUGAGUGUGCAGAGCUCGUUCUCUCAGCGGGUCCGACUGCAGCAGAUCCUGUCCCUCACUGAGGACGUCCGAUUCUACUACAAACGCCUGCGCAGUAAUAAAGUGGAGCUGGAGCCCCGACGCAAAUCCAAGAUAGCAAAUAUUUAUUUUGAUGCCAGUUUACAGUGUGGCGAUCAAUGUUAUGUAGGAUUACCGUUUGUGCUGAAAUCCGAUGCGAGACCCCACAGUCGAGCGAUGCAGGAGGAUAUGUGGGAUGCUGAUGUAGAUCUUCAUCAGAGGCUGCUGAAGAGAUGGAGGGAGUUGAAGGAGCAAUCAGGCCUGGAGGUAGAAGCUUCGUUUGAAGUAAACACAGAUCUGCAAAAAAAGGUUCAGGCAAAGAUCUCAGCUCAGCUCCUAUGGCCCUCACUAAUAAACUCCUCACAGGAAGUGCUGUUUCCCCUCACCAACACCAACAGCUCCUCUGAGGAGGAGGUGGUUCUGGAGAACCCGGCUGAUGUUCCAGUCUACGUUCAGGUUCUUCCGCUGGCCCUUUACCCAAACCCAGCAGCGUUCACCGGGAUGCUGGAGGGCAGAUUCCCACAAGGAAAAUUAUCCACUCUCAACACAAAUACACUGGAAUUUGAGGUCCAAAGAAAUCAGUCGUCAGUACUGGGUUCUGUAGGGUUUACGGAGGGGUCGAUGCGGCCGUUCGUGUUUAAUGUGCUGCUGAUGCCGGGAGAGGCCAAAUCUCUCAGUGUGAAGUUCACUCCCAUCAGCAACCACAGCGUCUCCUCCCUGCUCAUCAUCAGGAAUAAUCUGACGGUGGUGGAUCUCAUCAUGGUGCACGGUCAGGGUACCAGAGAGAGUCUGAGGCUGGCGGGAAAGGCCCCGGGGCCCGGCAGCUCCCUCAGGUUUAAGAUGACUGAGGCCCUGCUGAAGGACUGCUCAGACAACAAACCCAAGGAACCUAACUUCACUCUGCGGAGAACCUUCAGGCUGGAGAACACCGGGCUCCUCCCAAUCCACUUUCGCUCCAUGGAGAUCAGCGGCGCUCUCUGCCAGGGCUAUGGCUUCAAAGUCCUCAACUGUCAAGAAUUUGCACUCAAACCAAACACAUCGAGAGACCUCAUCAUACUGUUUACACCAGAUUUCACGUCGUCGCGGGUGAUCCGGGAGCUGAAGUUGGUGUCGGCGGGCGGUUCGGAGUUCCUGUUCGUGUUGAACGCCUCGUUGCCCUAUCACAUGCUGGCAGCGUGUGCGGAGACCAUCCCUCCACCCAACUGGGAGCUGGAACUCUACAUCAUAGUCUCCCUCUUCAUGAGUUCUAUGUUCCUGCUGGUGAUCGCCACGGCGUACCUGGAGGCGCAGGGAAUAUGGGAGCCGUUUAAGAGACGCCUGUCCGUGGAAUCCAGCUCUCCCAUGGAGACCGGGAAACCUUUUGAUCUCAGGGAAAUUGUAAGAAUUCAAAGUGAUGCAAACUUGAGCGAUUACGCUGACUCGCACCAGAACUCGACUAGAGGAAUGUAUGGGUCGGGUGGGGGUGGACGGGCCGGAGGGCGGCAGGGCGGCCCUCACUCCAACUCCAACGGCAGCACCGUUCUGGGGGACGGCAGGUCCAGAACCAGCUCGGGCCGCUCCACAUCUAUGCAAGCUUCCUCCCCUCCUUCCUCCUCCUCCCAGCUACUAAAAGACAGCGGCCCGGUUCUGCCCCAGCUGACCCACCGCAAACCCCGGACCUCCAAACAGCACCAACCGCAGACAAUCUCCGGCCCUCUGGAGGAGCUCCAGAACCUGGGCACUGCCAGCCUGGCCCAGACCCACAGAGGGCACACUGUGGAGGACCAGGACUACAGCAGGCUCCUCAUAGCCAUGGACAAAGACCUAGACCGGCCUGAGUCUGCGUUCACUCCCUUCACAGAACAGAACAUACAGCAGCCUUCACAAAGCAAAAAUAAUACAGCAAUGGAUUGUAAAGGGAAGCUGAAGAGUAAAUCUAAAGCUCAGAAAAAGAAGGAAGAGAGAGAGAGGAAGGGAAAGGGAAAGACUGGAGAAGAGUUAAAGGAGGUUCUGGCAGAUAAUGAUGACAGCUCCUCUACCACCACCGAGACCUCCAACCCAGACACUGAGACCAACAUUAAAGAGGAACCAGUUAAGAAGAAGGUUCGAACAGUUACAGAAGAACGAGGGGACGUCCCUCCAUCUCCAACCAAACCCAAACCCAAGAAACAAUCAGCCACAAAGAAGGAGAACCCAGUGGAGAAGUCCAGUUCUCUGGAGCUCCCCUACGUCACUCCACUAGAAAACAAACAGCGCAAGACAUUCCCCAAAACGGUCAUCAGCACCGGAACUACCAACAUCCCCAAACCCAGACCGGCCCAGAAACAGAGAGUGCCCGGUGGGAAGCAGGAGGACGGUCGUCCAUCUCCACUGGCAAAGUUCUUCAACAACGGCUUUCCAGAUUUCAGCAGCGGCUCAGAGGGAGAGAAAGAGUCCCCGCCCCCAGAAUGGGACGUUCCUGUCAAAGGCAACAGCCCGGACAGUCUUCAGCAGAUCUCACUGCAGACGAUGAAUGCAGAUCCGUUUCUGAAGAGACCAAUCACCUCCAUCUCCAGGACCAGCUCUCCGCCCCCAACUUCUCCCAACCUAAUGCCCCGCGGGAGCUACAGCAGCGUGCUGAACACCAGCAGUGAGAUAAACUUGAAGAAAGCUCCAGGGAAUAAACUGGCAAUGUCCACAUCUCUGCCUGGGAAGAAUGGAAAUCCCACGUUUGCAGCUGUCGCCGCCGGAUAUGAUAAAAGCCCUGGUGGCAGUGGAUCAGGUAAGACGGAUGGUCUGGGGAAGGUGGCUCUACCUCACAUGACCUCAGUGGAGAGCGACAGUUCUGACAGUUCUGGGUUAUGGAGUCCAGUUGAUAGUAUCAGCAGCCCCGGGUUCAAUUCCCUCAACUCCUUCUCUGCAUUUGGACCCAACAACCCUCUGAACCUGUCUGGAGUGUUCAGUGGUAUGGCCGGCGGACCCAGGAGUCUGGAGCCGCAGUCGAGCUGGCCAUCCGCACCCUCUUCUUCCAUCUGGGAGUCCAGCAGUGAGUGCUCCAACCCCUGGCCCCCCAGCACCGCCUCCCCUACCACUCCAACCACCUCGAUUCUGGGAAAGUCCCGUAAUCCCUGGUCUCCAAGUCUGCCCUUCAGUAACUCCAUCUGGUCGACCGGCACCGACUCCGCCCUGCACUCCUCCCCCCUCACCGACCUGGUCAGCCACACGGCCCCACCCACUCCGGCCCCCACCGAGAUCGGCCGCACCUACAACCCCUGGAGUGUUUGGCCCCAAUCGCUGAGCCGCUGGAAUUCUGAGCCCUGGCCCAACAACUCUGACACCAACAACGGCAACUAAUGAAGACGCCCCAUAGCGAAAAAACUACGCCGAGAAACGCCAUCUUUACGUUCAUACAAUCUGUUUAUUUUCUUUCUAGACACACUGAUAUAAGUUCUUCCAGAGAGAACUGAGGUUCUGUUUAAAACGUAAACUGGUUCGUCCAGGUUUUCAUUUCCUCCCGUUUUAAAUUCAGAUUCAGGUUUAUCUGAUAAUGAUAUUUGUUUAAAUUUCUGAGGGGUAAGAUGCGCAAUCCUUAUUUAAAAAUUUACAAAAUCUUAACUGCAAAAAAUCAAUCAUUAAAGAAUGACGAGACAGCGCUCGCCUAUCAGAACCGAACUACCCUUAUACAGGUUCUGUCUUUUUCCUUUUAAUUAGAGUUUCUGCAGUUAGAGUAAUACUGUGUUAUUUUGGGAACUAAAGUAUAAGCCCAGUAUUACUGUUUGGAUUAAAGUGCAGUAUUACACCACUGUAAAUGAAGCACUUUGUGUUAGAACUCACUCUUAAACAGAACCGGGCCCGGGUUUAGGGUUUAAUUGCUGCAUACAUUUUAGAAUCUACUGGGCUGAAGCGGCUGUGCUGUGGGAGCUGUGGAGACGAUCAGAGAAACAUCAAGUUUGUUUCUGUGUUCUCGUUGUCAUACCUCAGAAAUCUUCGCCCCCUGUUUUUCGGUCGACGCCAAAUAAAACCGAGCAUCAGGAUUUGAGUUUAACUUAUUUUUUUAUGGGUUUUGAUUGGAAGUGAAGAGAAGCUUUAUUUGCUGGAAUUGGAUUUUAAUUUAAGCUCUGACGGAGAUACGAGUACUUGAAGUUUUGGAGUUUGUUCUGUACAUCGUUCAUUUGUCACCUGGAGUGCAACAUCACUCUCAUUGGUUGAAAUAAAACAUAUCAGGCUGCAAUAA